AUGUCAACUCAACCUCGGAAACCACAAGUCUACUAUGGAAAGCCGAGGACUGACCCCGACCCCAACAGAUACGAUUACCUGUUCAAAUUGCUCCUUAUUGGUGACUCUGGUGUCGGAAAGUCCUGCUUACUGCUACGGUUCGCCGAUGACACAUACACUGAGAGCUACAUCUCUACCAUUGGCGUUGACUUCAAAAUCCGGACAAUCGAACUCGAUGGCAAGACCGUGAAGCUCCAGAUUUGGGAUACUGCCGGCCAAGAACGAUUCCGAACCAUUACAUCUUCAUACUACCGUGGCGCUCAUGGCAUUUGCGUGGUCUACGAUGUGACGGACAUGGACUCAUUCAACAAUGUCAAGCAAUGGCUGCAAGAGAUUGAUCGGUACGCCACCGAGGGAGUCAACAAACUCUUGGUCGGCAACAAGAGCGAUAUGUCGGACAAGAAGGUUGUUGAGUACACAGUGGCGAAGGAGUUUGCUGACAGCCUGGGCAUUCCUUUCCUCGAGACCUCAGCCAAGAACGCAUCGAACGUCGAACAAGCUUUCCUCACCAUGGCAAGGCAGAUCAAGGAGCGAAUGGGCACUUCAACCGUCAAUAACAGCAAGCCUACUGUACAAGUUGGACAAGGUCAAGGAGUUCAAUCAGGUUCGGCAGGCGGAUGCUGUUAG